CUAAAAAGAUCUGGUACUUCCGGUUAAAGUCCAACUAAACACUCUCUCUGUUUUUGAGCUGUAGAAGAAUUUCAUGACAUUUUGCUGAGGGAAAGAAGGAGACCCACCUCUCUUUCUCUCUCCAAAGGACUUUAUUUUCUCUCUCCUCCUUUCUUGCUUGUUGCUCCACAACAUUAAGACAGACCAGAAGGCAGCUGUCAUGUUGAUAGCCUCUUCUACUGGCGUCUGCAGUUAUAGGUUGAACUCAACAGCCGGAUUGUGGAAGCACUCACCAGUCACCAUGUUUCGUCUCUGGAAUCACGGUCAGGAGAAUGAUAAGCCGCAGGCCGAGGAUAAGGUUAAUGAGCUCAAGGCUGCUCUUGGACCACUAUCAGACCGUGACUUAAAGUAUUGCACUGAUGCAUGCUUGAAGAGGUAUUUGGAUGCCCGGAACUGGAAUGUGGAUAAAUCAAAGAAAAUGUUGGAAGAGACACUGAAGUGGAGAUCAACCUAUACACCUGAGGAAAUCCGUUGGCAUGAAGUUGCGGUAGAAGGUGAGACUGGAAAAUUAUUUAGAGCAAAUUUUCAUGACCGCCAUGGAAGGACUGUUCUGUUAAUGAGACCAGGAAUGCAGAAUACAACAUCAAUAGACAAUCAGAUGCGACAUCUAGUGUAUCUCAUGGAGAAUGCCAUCCUUAAUCUUCCAGAAGGUCAAGAACAAAUGGCAUGGUUGAUAGAUUUCACCGGAUGGUCUCUAAGCACCAGUGUGCCUAUCAAAUCUGCUCGAGAAACUAUAAAUAUUCUGCAGAACCACUACCCUGAGAGGCUAGCUGUAGCAUUUCUCUACAGUCCACCAAGAAUAUUUGAAGCAUUCUGGAAGAUUGUUAAAUAUUUCUUGGAUACCAAAACAUUCGAGAAGGUGAAAUUUGUGUACCCAAUGAACAAAGAUAGUGUUGAACUAAUGAGGUCAUAUUUUGAUGUGGAUAAUCUUCCAACUGAGUUUGGUGGAAAGGCCUCGCUAGAGUAUGACCAUGAGGAGUUUUCAAAGUUGAUGACCAAAGAUGAUGAGAAAACUGCAACAUUCUGGGGUUUCAGUGAUGAUAAGCACAGACACGUUAAUGGUGGCUACUCUGGAGCAGAGGUGGUUCCCGAGCCUACACCCCUUGCACCGCCAGCCAGCUAAACCUGACGCUGUAGAAGUGUAACGAGUUCAAAGUACUCGUGUUACUCAAAACUAACAAGUAACUGCGGGCACAAGUUUUCACUGAUGAAAACAGAUAAUUAAGCUGACUUUAUAAUUUCUUCCAUUAGUACCUUCUUAUUUUACUCUUUUUUUUUUGGGUUACUUAAUGACGAUACAUUGCAAUGGUAGUUUAAACUCAUGUAUUAAAUAGAUGAUGGAUCUGUUAUCUGUGUUUGUGUGUGUACACAAUGAUCAGAUUGGAGAUCGGAUAGUAAGAUGUCCACUAUAUUUAUCUGAAGAACAUAGUGUGUUUGUGCAUGUGUGCACUGAGAGCUGCCUGGUGAUCCCUAGGAUGCAGCACGUCUAGUUGUUAACUACUAGUUGGCAAGGGUUUAGAGGAAUGUGGUUAAAGGGUUUCGGUGAUCAGGUGAUUUGGUUGGCCAGGCUCAACAAAAAUUUUGUAUCCUUGCCAUGAUUGGAAGGAAUCUUUGAACCAAUUGUUUUUUCUGCCAUGAUUGGAAGGAAUCUUUGAACCAAUUAUUUUU